AUGGAUACGGAUACAGGCGACACUAGAUGGACUUCGACUGUCACUGAGAGUGAAGCCCAGGAGCGGAUCGAUCUCGGCAUUUCGCCUAGUGACGAGAAGUGGAAUUCCACGUAUCGGAUGUUUGAAGAUCUCUUUGCAGAUGAAGAUACGCCGAUUGGUGAAAUUUUGGCUUCGAAGUUCACACAGCAUGAGAUUUGUCUAUUCAUGCUAUCUGCAUCCAAAGUCUUGAAAGCUAUACAAGACGAUAACACAGCUCGAUUCAACGCACUCUUGCAGACAAGACUUCAAGAUGCUGCACCUGAAAUAAUCACAAAAUUGACGAUGUUGUAUUUUGGACUUCCCAUUGAGCCAAUCGACUUCUCAUUAACCGACAUGACUUACAAAAUGGAGAUUCGAGAGCCAGAUUCUCCGCAAAGUGUCGGUGAUCGGCCUCUACAAUUUUUAACAGCACACAAGCAACGUAAUUGGGGAGACGAGAGUCUUAUAGGAAAAGAAGAUCAGUCACAUCCUAUACCCACCCAACUACCGCCAAAAAUCUUAUCGAAUCUCUUCGCCGACUUUUUCAGCUAUGCCCCGCUCCAGAAAGGCAUCGUUGAUCAACAGAGCGAGAACACGGUGAUGCGCCUUAGAGGUGGUGGUAUAGACGAGGAUAGCGACUGGGAAAUGCCUGGCGAUGGCAACGACUGGGAAGGAGAUGAUGGCGAUCUCAGCUACGCCGCAAGCAGCGAUGAAGACGGCAGUGAAGACGUUGACGGAUCUGUGGCUUUCGUCCCAGGAGAUCAAACAACAUAUGAGAACGCCAUUAGAAGAUUAUUAUCCCUUGGACCUCAGGACAGCACAACAUUCCACAUUUGUCAUUUUGCCAAGAAUUACAGCCUGAUAGACAUCAUUGCCGACACUUUUCCUUUGAACACCAGCAGUGCAUCUAUGGAAUACAUCUCCAAACAGGACCUCUCAUUGCAACCUUCAUUCUUCAUCAAGUUGGGAGAUGAAGAUGUGCCUGACCACUGGGAGCCUAGCGAGGCGCAAUCAGCUUGCGAAGUCGCCAAAGUCACAUGGAGGCAUCAUGCUGAUAUUGCUAUGGAGCCAACUUCAGAGUCAACUGGUCCCAUUUCAAGUUGUUACCUGGAGUUUCCGACGCCUGACUGUUUACUUACAACUCAAGGACACGUUAACAGCUGGAAUUUUGAUCACUACAGCGCUUAUGUCAGAGCGGCCUUUGAGGUUGUACUGGGUCCUCUACUGGGCUCCUUUCAUCACGCUCUUUUCCACAUGGACCACCCCGGUAUCGACUACAGUAGCCCCCCAGAAUAUGGGUUUCCAGCAAUCAAGAGUUAUGAUAUGAAGAAAAUUUCUAGCUUCUUAGGUGAAGAUACGUUGGAACUGAAAUGCACUAGACUUGACGGAAACGAAAUUGCCUUUUUCCUGCCGAGCUAUUACAACAAUGACUGUCGCCUGGGACGCAUCUCGCGCAGCGAGGAGAACAUCAGUGAGGCGCUCAAACUCAUCUGGCAGAUAAUUUCGUGUGCUUUUGGUGAAGAAGCAAAUCGUCUCCGAUAUAUCCGCUUGCUGGACGGCUGUGAAACAUUCGGGCCGGAGACCAACAGGAACCAAAAGUCUUAUUUCAUUCAACUGCAUGAUGACGGUUCUGGGAAUUUUGAGACUCGCAAUGCUUCUGUCUUAUCCGAAUUUUUUGCUGAUGGAGGUAAUUUUGCUCUUCUAUAUCCAGAGUGGGAGGGAGAUAUCACUGGUCUCUCUAUUGCAAAUCCCAAUGGAUUCGGCGAAGCCCCAUCCUACGUUCAGAUACCGCCGUUAUCUUCAACAGUGGAUGAGUUCAGGAUCAGAGUGUUUGAGCUCAUGCGACUUACAGGAUAUGAGACAAGCCAGACCGUAAGUGUGAGAAGCGGUAAAUCUUUCAUCAGCAUUCAGCCCCUGCCAGAGGAUGGGUAUAUAUACAGCCAGGUUAAUGCUCCAUGUUUCUUUAUCGACUUUAACACCACGGACGAAGAGUGGUUCAAAAUUCGCGCCAGAAUUUCCACCCCUAAAGCGACUGUCAGAAUAAUUGAUUCUGAGAAAUGGAAUUGGAAUUGGGGAGCUGGGAGUCAAAAGACCAGCGUCUGGGGCCCGCGAUAUGGACGCAUGGCAGAGGCACAUGCGGCCAAAAAGCAGCAAAAGAAGGUCAGCUGGGCAGAGGAGGCGGAACUAAUCCCAGAAAGCGGUACUGCCGGACCAUUUGAAUCAGAUCAUACAAGAGCAUCGUUAGAAGGCAAUGAGCCUGUGGAAGUUAGUCGUUUAGACUGGGCUCAACUUCGAUCUCAUAAGACGAAAGCAGCAAGCGAUGGUGAAAAGCGGCAAAAGGCAUAUGCAACACAGCCCAGCAUCUUUGAUCGCUACGGAUUGGUCCCUUGGCCAGCAAACUCGGGUAUUCAAAUUCCAACAAACGCACCACCCUUUGAGCACAUGCUCCGUACAGGACCCCGAAUGCCUCUGGUGAGCAAAGCUAUAUUGACACCCACAGAGCAAGGUGAGCUCCAACGGGUCGCUUGGGACUUACGAAACCUCUGCUUGAAGCGGGCGGUAAGAUGCCCAUAUGAUGGCUGCAAUUUCUCAUACACACUGAAUGAUGAAAAUGCCAUGAAGAAGCACCUAAAGGCAUGCCAUACAGCACGAAAGUGUAUGUGGUGUGAUGAUACGCUAUACGAACACUGGGAUGCGGCAAAGAUUAAUCGUCAUAUCAGAGAGAAGCAUAAAGAUGAGCUCAUGCAAGCACUAGGAGUCAGUCAAGCAGCAAUCCGGCUAUUUGACCAAGAGGGAACCCUCUCCGUACCGCUUAGAAGAGUCAAAAAGCGCCUUCGACGUUCCGCCUUGGCUUUGGCGUCUGAGCAUGUAGUUUACGAGACAAAUAAUUCUCCAGAGCCUCAAAACGACAACGCUUGGGGAUUCUGUGAUUGUUGUGGUCGUGAAAGAAACUACUACAGCAACACUGAACGAAUAUAUCACCGCAGUCACUGUGAGCGAAGCACAUUCAACGACGCAAACUGCAGAUUCUGCACCCUCUGCGGCAAACCCGUCUGGUCAAGCGCAGCAGACGCCCACAAGAGCGGGAAACCAGACAGACAGUUGUCCCAUUGCUCACAUAAUGUGGAUGACACAAAUGGCCUUCACUGUUCUGGCUGCGGAUUCAACAUGUCUCGUCUGCCACAGGCUGGACGCGACCAACAUCAGAAAAGAUGCAGAGGCUUUGGUGUAGUGUCUGGUCGAUUUUGUCUCUAUUGUGGCGAAGAGUUUAGAAAUACCGAGACCCAGGUGGAUUGGGAUAGAAAUAAGGCUCAUAUGGUUGCCUGUUAUAGGGGGAACCCGAAGGCGAUAGCCAUGCUUGAAGACCCAGAAGAGGCAGCUUUCGACCAGCAACAGAAUAAUCUUCGGCUCCAGAUAAGGGUAGCCGCCAUUACCUCUGAAGAAGAGCAGGGACAAAAUAAAAAAGACGGCAGUCUAGAUGGUGAUAAGGAUGAACAGCCAAGUCGAACAGAGCCAGCAAAAGAGCCCAAGGCAACGCCACUUGAUCAAGUGCUGGCAGAUUCUCCAGCUGUUAUUAGCACGGCUCUGCAAGACGCAGUUGAAGAGGCAACAACCAGUCAAGAUGUUUCUCAACUUCCGAUUCUUGGUCCAGACUCUGAUCGUCAUAGCCAGGAAACUCUCAGGACCAUUCUUCGCCAAAAAGCCCCUGAUAACACGCUGCAACAAAAGUCUUUGAGCGCAAGUCCAGUUCGACAGCCAAGCCCGGUUCCACCAGCAGAGGAAAACGAGAAAGAGCCCGAUAUCGAAAUCAGACCUGAAUCCCCUCUCUUUGUAAGUUCCAUAUCUUCAGAAGCCGGUUCAGACGCGGGAUCGGUUUUUGGCGAAGACGAGCAGCGUUCUGCCGACAUCGAGUCGGAAGACGAGCUCUUAUCAGACCCUUCAAAGUCCAAACGUCGAAAACCAAGAGGAAGGAAGCGCACAAAAGAGAGCGAUAGCAACUAUCAGGCCGAGAGAGAUGAUGACGAAGAAGAGCUUUCAUCAGAUCCUUCAAAGUCAAAACACCGAAAGCCAAGAGGAAGGAAACGUACACGAGAGGACGAUGACAACUAUCACGCUGAGGGAGAUGGCGAUGAUGAUAGUGAGAUCGACGAAGAAGAGCUUUCAUCAGAUCCUUCAAAAUCCCCUCUUGGAAGAGUGAAGGAAAUUGAGCUUCAUCACGACCCUGGCCGAUGCUGUGGCAUCCGCCGUGGAAUCGGCUCAAUCGAACGCCUCCCCAACCGCAGCGGCUGGAUCCCAGCAAACCUCAUGCCCAAGCCCCUUGCCACUCUCCGUAGAAAGUUCCUACGCCGAUAUCCCGUCUACGCUCGCACAAUCUAUCCCCUCAACGCUACAAACGCCAACGGCACCUACUGGCGGUCAGAUCCAAACAACGAAAGCAACGAGGCUUGGUGGAACAUUCCCUGGCCGCCUUUCAGAGGGCGAGCUCCUUUGCCUAAUGGCUGGGAAGCGCCCGAUGUAGUCGAUGUUCCUGCUACCGGGAGAACGCGCCAGCAGUUUCAGCUGAAGCCGGUGGCUGAUCCGACGUAUCGCCAGGGGGGUGAUGUCCACUACUCAGAUGAUGAGGAUGUGGAUGAUGUUGAGUCGGACAAGGAUGACAAUGGGAAGAGAAAGAGGAAGCGUAAAGCUGCUACGGCGAAGAAGAAGCAGAAGACCACUGCCAUUGUUGAGCCUGCUAAUGUUGAGCCUGCUAAUGUUGGGCAUGCCAACUUUGAGAAAGCAGCUGCGCCUCGGCCAGUGAAGAAGAAGGCCCUGGAUCCGACAUAUCGCCAAGAUAACGACGUCCAGUACUCAGAUGAUGAGAAUGUGGAUGAUGUCGAGUCGGAAAAGGACACCAACGGAAAGAGAAAGAGAAAGCGUAAGGCUACUGCUGCUACGCCGGAUCCAACAUAUCGCCAGGGGAACGAUGUUCGAUACUCUGACGAAGAUGAGGAUGAUGUAGAGUCGGACAAGGACACUAAUGGGAAGAGGAAGAGAAAGGGUAAAGCCAUUACUGCGAAGAAAAAGCAGAAAACCACUGUCAAUCUUGAGACAGCAGCUGUGCUUCAACCAGUGAAGAAGAGAGCGCCGAAGAAAGCGAAGUCGCAAGCAGCUUUAUUGGAUACAGAAGCACAGCAAGUGCAAGAAGGGGAAGUUGUCACUCGGCGAUCGACGAGGAAGCGGCAAAAGACUGCGAAGGAGUAG